AUGGCGCAGCCAAGAAAUCAAGUAAAUGAGAAGAAAUGCUCCUGUUCGGUCUGUCUGGAUCUACUGAAGGAUCCAGUGACUAUUCCCUGUGGACACAACUACUGCAUGAGCUGUAUUCAAACUCACUGGGAUGAAGGAGACCAUAACAUUAAUUACAGCUGUCCUCAGUGCAGACAGACUUUCAGACCGAGGCCUGUCCUGGUGAAGAACACCAUGUUGGCAGAGUUAGUGGAGGAAAAGAGGACUGCAAUCCAAGCUGCUCCAGCUGAUCACUGCUAUGCUGGACCUGGAGAUGUGGCCUGUGAUGUCUGCACUGGGAAGAAGCUGAAAGCCUCCAAGUCCUGUCUGCAGUGUCUGGCUUCUUACUGUGAGCAACACCUCCAGCCUCACUAUAAAUCUCCUACUUUUAAAAAACACAAACUCGUCGAAGCCUCUGUUAAACUCCCGGAGAACAUCUGCUCCCAUCAUGAUGAGGUAAUGAAUAUUUUCUGCCGCACUGACCAGCAGUGUAUCUGCUUUCUCUGCUUCAUGGAUGAACAUGAACGCCACGACACAGUCUCAGCUGCAGCAGAGAGGACGGAGAAGCAGAAGGAGCUCUGUGAAAGUCGACAAAAAAUCCAGCAGAGAAUCCAGGACCGAGAGAAAGACUUGAAGGAGCUUCAGCAAGAAACAGAGACCAUCAAUCUCGCUGCUGAUAAAUCAGUGGAGGACAGUGAGAAGAUUUUUACUGAGUUGAUCUGUCUCAUUGAGAAAAGACGCUCUGAUGUGAAGCAGCAGAUCAGAUCCCAGCAGAAAAUAGAUGUGAGUCGAAUCAAGGAACCUCAGGAGAAGCUGGACCAGGAGAUCACUGAGCUGAAGAGGAAAGACGCCGAGCUGGAUCAGCUCUCACGUACAGAGGACCACACCCACUUUCUUCACAGUUACCCCUCACUGUCCGAACUGACCGAAUCUACAGACUCACCAAGACCAAACAUCUACUGUCUGCAGUACUUUGAGGAUGUGGUGGCAGCUCUGACAGCAGACAGAGAUAAAAUGCAUGCCAUUCUUACUGGGACAUGGAGUUUAGCAGAGCCCACGACCAGAGCUCAGUUCUUACGAUAUUCACGUGAAAUCACACUGGAUCCAAACACAGCAGGCUAUGGUCUGGUUUUAUCAGAGGGAAACAGAAAAAUAAUGUUUAAUGUAGAAAAUGUGCCAUAUCCUGAACAUCCAGACAGAUUCAUUGACAGACCUCAGGUCUUGAGUAAAGAAGAACUGACUGGACGUUGUUACUGGGAGGUCGAGAUGAGCAGAGAUGUUGUAGUAGCAGUCGCUUACAAGAGUAUGAGAAGAUCAGGAAACUCACUUGCACAUGUCUUUGGAUUCAAUGAGAAGUCUUGGGCACUAAAUUGUUUUGAUGCUUAUAACUUCAGACAUGACAGCAACGAUCUCAGCAUCUCAGGCCCUAAAUCCUCCAGAAUAGGAGUCUACCUGGAUCACAGUGCAGGUAUUCUGUCUUUCUACAGUGUCUCUGAAACUAUGACUCUCCUCCACAUAGUCCAGACCACGUUCACUGAGCCGCUCCAUGCUGGACUUUUUCUCUGUGGUCCUGAUGGAGACACUGCUGAGGUGUGUAUACCAAACAGGCAGCAUUUCAUCCUUUCGACCAUCCGCUUGCCGUCUCUUCUAUCGCCUCUCCUGCGACUGGCUGGAUUCCGUCUCUAG